ACAAAGUUGGUCACAAAUCAAAUUGGCUUUGCUCGAAGUUUUUUUUUUUUUUCUUCCCCACCUUUCUUUAGCAUGCAACCAUGGGGAAAGUGACCGCUCGUGUCAGCUGGGAAAGUCGGGGCGGUUUGGUGCCCAGGGAACGGCUGUAACUUCUACGUGACCAUGGUACCUGUUGAAAACGCAGAGGGCCCCAGUCUGCUGAAACCGAAGGGGCGAGCGGCGGAGGCUGAUGGCAGCGACAGAGCCAGCGGCGGCCCGCAUCCUCCCUGGGCGCGAGGUUGUGGCAUGUAUACGCUCCUGUCAUCUGUCACAGCUGCUGUCAGUGGCUUCCUGGUGGGGUAUGAACUUGGCAUCAUCUCUGGGGCUCUUCUGCAAAUAAGAACCUUGUUAGCCCUGACCUGCCAUGAGCAGGAAAUGGUGGUGAGCUCCCUGCUUAUCGGGGCCCUCCUGGCCUCUCUAAUCGGAGGGGUCCUGAUUGACAGGUACGGGAGAAGGGCCGCCAUCAUUUUUUCCUCCUGCCUUCUUGGACUUGGGAGCCUGGUCUUGAUUACCAGUUUAUCUUACACCACUCUUAUAGGGGGGCGCAUUGCUAUCGGAGUUUUCAUUUCACUCUCCUCCACUGCCACUUGCGUCUACAUUGCAGAAAUUGCUCCCCAACACAGAAGAGGCCUUCUCGUGUCACUGAACGAGCUGAUGAUUGUCAUCGGCAUUCUUUUUGCCUACAUUUCAAAUUAUGCAUUUGCCAACAUUUCCCAUGGCUGGAAAUACAUGUUCGGCCUUGUUAUUCCCUUGGGAGUCUUGCAAGCCAUUGCAAUGUACUUUCUUCCUCCAAGUCCUCGAUUUCUGGUGAUGAAGGGACAUGAGGAAGCUGCUAAUAAGGUUCUUGGAAAGCUGAGAGCUAUCUCGGAUACAACGGAUGAACUCACUGUGAUAAAGUCUUCCCUGAAAGAUGAAUAUCAGUACAGUUUUUGGGAUCUCUUUCGUUCAAAAGACAACAUGAGGACCCGAAUCAUGAUAGGCUUAACGCUAGUGUUUUUUGUACAGAUCACUGGCCAGCCAAACAUAUUAUUCUAUGCAUCUACUGUUUUGAAGUCCGUUGGCUUCCAAAGCAAUGAGGCAGCUAGCCUCGCCUCCACGGGGGUUGGGGUCGUCAAGGUCGUCAGCACCAUCCCAGCCACCCUUCUCGUAGACCAGGUUGGGAGCAAAACCUUCCUGUGUAUCGGUUCCUCUGUGAUGGCAGCUUCGUUGGUGACCAUGGGCAUCGUGAAUCUCAACAUCCACAUGAACUUCACCAGUAUCUGCAGAAACCAUAGUCCUAUCAACCAGUCCUUGGAUGAGUCUGUAUUUUAUGGACCAGGUAACUUGUCAGCCAGCAAUGACACUCUUAGAGAAUCCUUUAAAGGGAUGACUUUCCACAGCAGAAGCUCACCGAGGCCCAGGAGAAAUGACAUAGUCGGGAGAGGAGAAACGACCCUGGCAUCGUUACCAAAUGCUGGACUAAGCCAAACUGAAUACCAGAUCGUCACAGACUCUCCAGAUGUCCCCACUUUUUUGAAAUGGCUUUCUUUAGCCAGCUUGCUUGUUUACGUUGCUGCCUUUUCAAUUGGUCUAGGACCAAUGCCCUGGUUGGUGCUGAGCGAGAUUUUUCCUGGUGGAAUUCGAGGACGUGCCAUGGCUCUAACUUCCAGCAUGAACUGGGGCAUCAAUCUCCUCAUCUCUCUGACAUUUUUGACGGUGACGGAUCUCAUUGGCCUGCCGUGGGUGUGCUUUAUAUAUACAAUUAUGAGUCUAGCAUCCCUGGUUUUUGUUAUUGUGUUUAUACCUGAAACAAAAGGAUGCUCUUUGGAACAAAUAUCAAAGGAGCUGGCAAAAGAGAAUUAUGUGAAAAACAACAUUUGCUUUAUGAGUCAUCACCGGGAGGAAUUAGUGCCAAAACAUCUUCAAAAAAGCAACCCCCAAGAGCAGUUCUUGGAGUCUAAAAAGCUACGGGGUAAGGGACAGCCAAGGCAGCUUUCUUCAGAGAUCUAAUGGCCUCCAAACCCUUCAAGGGUUGAUAAAGAAAGAGAACACUUAGGGUGUCUUCCUACCAAUAUGUAUUAGCCACUCCCACGUUUUCUGUCCAGGGUCAUGGAACUAUUUUAAAAUGGAUAUCCUGAAAUUAUACCGUCUUCACUCAUUACCCUGCCCCCCAAAGGAACCAUGAAAGGUGUUUCAGGAACAAGGUCCCAGGUGGUCUCUUUCUUACUCUGAGCAGGAUACCAGGAUAAAAAUAAUACCACCUGGUUCAGUAUUUUCCACCUUCUUCACAGAGCAGCCUUUGAAAGAUGAUGAACUAGUGAUGCUCCGAGAGCAACUUUUAUCUUAAGGUUUGUUAUGCACAGAGGCCUGUUACGGCUUUAUUAUUCAGACACAUAAGCUGUCUGAACAUAAGCUGAUGGUUCUUUGCCUACCAACACACUCCCCACACUAGGUCUUGUGUAAAAAAGAACCAAGACACAAUAUGGACAAUUGCACACAUGUUCUAGGUUAGGAUAGGGUCCUGGUUAGGACUUCAGUGAUCAUUUCUAAUUAUAGUUCAACAAGUAUAAAGAUUAUCCAUCUUAUUUUAUGAAUCAUGGACUGCAAUGUAAUUCAAAAUAUUCUUUUAUGAAUUUGAUGUUAGUAUUACAAAGUAUUAAAAAGAAGCAACUCUGCAAUAGUUGAGAAAGAUAAGCAUUUUUCUAUCCAUUAAAAAAUGUAUGAGUAGAAAGGAUACUUUCAAAAUCGUGGGAUCAUAUUUAUUUAGUAGUAGUUGUUAGUAAAACAUGAGAAAAGGAGUCAGGUCAUUAGGUUAUUUAUCCAAAUCUGUUAAGUAGUUAGGUUUUGAGUUACUAAGUUAAGCUUACUCACGUCUCUCUUUGUAAGGCUUUCAUAACUUAGAUCCAUAGUUUCCUGCAGUUCUUCACAUGCCUCAGGAAUAUCACUACCUCAGGUUACAGCCUACGGGCCAUAAUUGAUGCUGACUUUCAGAUACUUGCAGACAUAAUAAAUGACAUCUAGACAUGGGGACAAUUCCCUCACUAUGUUCUUUUCUAUGAUGAAACAGAGAUCACUGACUGUACCAGAAACGUGGGUUUUCACUCACACAGUAAUGAACUGCUCUUUUCUGUACUGCACCAGUUGAAUUUGAAGAUGUGGGGAGGCAUUUUAUCAAUACAGUUUGGUACACUGGUAGAAAAUCUACAAUAAAAAAUCUCAAACCAUUUAUGCAGUAAUUCACUAAAUGACUUAAGCUAUGGGAAACACACACAAAAUGUAUUGAACAACCCAAGUUGAAAAAGAAUACAAAAAUAUGAUUACUCUGAAGAAAAGAGAAUCCUCAGAGUCAAAAGCUCUUUUCAUUUAGCCUGAAAUUUUUGUAUCAGCCCAUAACAAAUUGUCCCAGUUUGAUAUAAGGAAGUAAGAUCUACUGCAGUCCUUUAUAAUGAAGUGGUCAGACUUCAGUCUCUGUAAGCAACAGUAAAACUGUAUUAUCAGAAACUCAGGAGAAUGACUAAAAGUCCUGGUGCUGAAAAACACUAUCUGCAUUAAAAUUGGCAGGGGAACAUAUGAAGAAAGAUCUGCAAUCUCCAUUCUGCACAGUACAUUUCUCACACAAGUUAGAGCAUGCACUGUUCAUUUGUUCUGGAAGAAGGGAAAGUAUGUUCUGUAGAGGUAAUUGAUUGAAGAAAUUUAUUAAGAACCUUCAAUGGAAUUAUAUGCCGACAUUAAAAAAAGGUCAAGACAGGUAA